GGAUCCGCCGGCACCUCCCGGGCCCGGCACUCGCCGCCGCCGCCAACUUCGGUCGGCGGUCGCCCUCGGUGCCGCCGUUCCCGGAGCCCAGCGCCGCUGCGGCGACGGGGAGAGCAGCGCCGGCAGCCUUCCCCUGCUCCCCUCUCGCUGCCGGCGGGGGGCUCGGCCCGGCGCUGCGACGGGGCCGCGGCCCCCGGGGCAGGUGCGUCCCCUCGCGGUCUCCGGCGGCCGCGACGCCGCGGAGGGAGGCGCGGAACCCCGUGCCCGCCGCGGGCGCCCGCUCACCUGCUGCUGCCGCCCGGGGACGCGGCGCCCGGGAGAUGCAGGGCGCCCCGUCCCGGCGGCCGGCUCUGCGGGGGCUGCCCCAGCGCCGCCGCCCGCAGCCCACCAUGACCGGGCCGAGACUGGCCCUCGCCGCCGCGCUCCUCUGCAGCUGCACCUCGCCGGUGGCCGACGCCAGCUCCUGGUGGUCUUUGGCCAUGAACCCCAUCCAGAGACCUGAGAUGUACAUCAUCGGCGCUCAGCCGGUGUGCAGCCAGCUGCCGGGGCUCUCCCCUGGGCAGCGCAAGCUCUGCCAGCUGUACCAGGAGCACAUGGUGUUCAUCGGGGAAGGGGCCCGCAGUGCCAUCAAGGAGUGCCAGUACCAGUUUCGGCAGCGGCGGUGGAACUGCAGCACGGUGGACAACACCUCCGUCUUUGGGCGGGUCAUGAAAAUAGGUAGCCGAGAGACUGCUUUCACCUAUGCCGUCAGUGCUGCUGGGGUGGUGAACGCCAUCAGCCGGGCUUGCCGUGAAGGAGAGCUCUCCAGCUGUGGCUGCAGCCGGACUGCCCGGCCCAAGGACUUGCCCCGAGACUGGCUGUGGGGUGGCUGCGGGGACAAUGUGGAGUAUGGAUAUCGUUUUGCCAAGGAGUUUGUGGAUGCCAAAGAGAGGGAGAAGAAUUACGUGAGAGGUUCGGAGGAGCAGGCUCGCAUGCUGAUGAACUUGCAGAACAACGAGGCUGGUCGCAGGGCUGUGUACAAGCUGGCAGAUGUGGCCUGCAAGUGCCACGGUGUGUCAGGCUCCUGCAGCCUCAAGACCUGCUGGCUGCAGCUGGCUGACUUCCGCAAGGUGGGCGACUUGCUGAAGGAGAAGUACGACAGUGCCGCUGCCAUGAGGAUCAGCCGCAAGGGCAAGCUGGAGCUGGUGAACAACCGUUUCAACAUGCCAACGCAAGAGGACCUGGUCUACGUUGACCCCAGCCCGGACUAUUGCUUGCGCAAUGAGACCACUGGUUCGCUGGGGACUCAGGGCCGGCUGUGCAACAAGACCUCAGAGGGCAUGGAUGGCUGUGAGCUGAUGUGCUGUGGACGGGGUUAUGACCAGUUCAAGAGUGUCCAGGUGGAGCGUUGCCACUGCAAGUUCCAUUGGUGCUGUUACGUCAAGUGUAAAAAGUGCACAGAGAUUGUCGACCAGUACGUCUGUAAAUGAAAAGAGCCACCAAAGCAACAAAUCUAUAUUAUAUAAAUCUAUAUAAAUAUAUUUUAUAUUUGUAUAAAUAAACAGAUGAUGAUAAUAAUUAAAGAAGCUUAUUUAAGAGACA